AUGGCGUCGCCGCCGUAUGCCGCCGCACCACCGCCGCCGGCGCUGGGCGGCCUGCGUGCGCUGAUGCUGCUGCAGCUCUCCACGCGCGCAGUCUCAGUGCUGCUGGCGCAGUUCCUCGUGCGCAUCGCGCCGCCGGCCGUCUUUGCCGCCGCGCACAUCCACCUCGACCUGCUCCUCUCCACGCUGCUCUUUCUGGCGCGCGAGGGCGUGCGCGGAGCGCUGCUGCGCGCGCCGGAGGACGCAACGGCGGCAGAGGCGUCAGCCAAGUCAGACGGCAAGAGCACGGCUGCGUCGGCGGCGCAGCACGUCGCCCAGCGCGAGCGGGCGCGCCAGAAUGUCGCACUGCUGCCGCUCGUGCUCGGCGCCGCCAUGCUGCUGCCGGCGUUCCCGCUCUACGCUCGGCUGGCACCCGCGUCGCUGCGAGAGCUGGCGAGCUUCAGGUCUGCCCUCGCCCUCUACCUCCUCGGCGCGGCGCUCGAGCUGCUGGCCGAGCCGCUGCACACGCGUGCCCUGUCGCGUGCCUCGGACACGGGCAACGGCAUGGCGCUGCGUGUGCGGGCCGAGGGCGCGGCAGUGCUGUCACGCUGCGCUGCCACAGCAGUCACACUCUACGUUGCUGUGCGGCGACUGCGCAUCGGAGAAGCGGAUGCGGCGCUGCUGGCAUUCGCAUGCGGCCAGGCUGCGUACGGCGGCGGCACCCUCGGCGUCUACCUGGUGUACUUUCUGCGCGCAUGGGGUCCGCGCCAAGUUGCUGCGCUGUUCACUCCGUCUCGUGUGCCGCUUAGCAUGCCUGGCGUCGAGCUGGCAUCAUCGCAGCCUGCAGCAGACUCGGCAUUGCUCGACAAGCACGCGUUCGCGCUGGCGGCCACAAUGACGCGGCAGAGCUUCCUGAAGCACCUCCUCACUGAGGCCGACCGGAUAGCGGUCGCCCGUCUGGCGACGCUUGACAACCAGGGCGCAUAUGCUCUGGCUGGCAACUACGGCUCCCUCUUUGCGCGCCUGCUCUUCCAGCCGGUCGAAGAGUCAGCUCGUCUCGUCUUUGCUCGCAGCCAGUCGAGCACCGGCGAGGCAUCGCAGUCGGCUUUGAGCCUGCUGCGCCCUCUGCUCUCGCUCUACAUCAUCCUCUCGCUCUUCCUCGCCGCCUUUGCGCCUUUCUUCGCCAUGCCCGCGUUGCUGCUCGUCGCAGGGCCGCGCUGGGCGCUCAGCACGGCGGCGCCGCAGCUGCUGGCAUGCUAUGCUGCGCUGUACCUGCCUGUGCUGGCGCUGAACGGCGUGCUGGAGGCCUAUCUGCAGGCUUCCGCAUCACCGCAGACGCUCAAGCGCUACGACGGCAUCCUCGUGCUGGCCUCUGGCGCGUUCGUCGGCGCACUGGUGCUUGGCCCACAGCUCGGCCUGACUCGCGGCGGCAUCGACCUCAUCGUGGCCUCCACGCUGAGCUCGGGCGUGCGCGCCCUCUUUGGCGCCUACUAUGCCUUCCGCGCAGCGCCGGCUGGCCCAAGCGUGUGGCCGCGCCUCUCGACGCUGGUGCUCUUCGCACACGCUCCCGUGCUCUUCGCGUGGACCUCGUCGCGCGUGAGGGCCAUCCCGCUGGCCCUGGGUGUCCGCGCACUGGCACGCCGCGACGUCGCCCAGCAUCUCGCAUGCGGCGUGGCAGGCGCUGCUGUCUUGCUCGCUGUCUGCUACUUGCAAGAAGGCCCCAAGCUUCGUCUGGCUCUCGCAGCUAUCCGCGGCUCCAGCUAA